UUGUUUGCUUAUUUUUGGAGGCGAGCGCAACACGCAAUCGUUCCAUUGGAUAUUUGGUGCUCAUGUGACGAAGUGCGGAAGUUCACGGAACACUCCAACAACAGUGCAACAACAAAAAAGUGAUAUAUAAAGCAAAUAUGGAAGAAAACAAUGAAGGUGGGAACUUGGCCCAGGUCCAACAUGUGGUGUUGAUCCUGUCUGGAAAAGGAGGGGUGGGCAAGAGCACCCUCACCACAGAGCUAGCCCUGGCCCUAAGACACUCAGGCAAGAAGGUUGGGAUCCUGGACGUGGACUUGUGUGGUCCCAGUAUCCCCCGCAUGCUGAGUGUGGGCAAGCCAGAGGUGCACCAGUGUGACUUGGGCUGGGUGCCCGUCUACACAGAUGCCCAGAAGAGCCUGGCGCUCAUGUCCAUAGGCUUCCUGCUGGAGGACCCAGACGAAGCAGUUGUCUGGAGGGGUCCAAAGAAAACGGCUCUGAUUGGGCAGUUUGUGUCUGACGUGGCGUGGGGGGAACUGGACGUGCUCCUGGUGGACACGCCCCCGGGGACGUCAGACGAACACCUGGCCGUCCUGGAAAACCUGAAGAAGCAGCACAAAGUGGACGGAGCCAUUCUGAUCACUACACCGCAGGCAGUAUCGACGGGGGACGUCAGGAGAGAGAUAACGUUCUGUAAGAAGACAGGCUUGCGCAUCCUGGGGAUUGUAGAGAACAUGAGUGGAUUUGUGUGUCCACACUGCUCUGAAUGCAGUAAUAUCUUCUCCAAGGGAGGAGGAGAGGAGCUAGCCAAGUUGACAGGAUCAGUAUAUUUGGGCUCUGUGCCCCUGGACCCUCUGCUCACUACCAGUAUAGAGGAGGGCAAAGACUUCAUCCAGACAUUCCCAGACAGCGCCACCUUCAGUGCCAUCAACAGCAUUGCACAGACCCUCCUAACAAGCAUACAGAAUCCCUGAGAAUUCAAAUCCCAUUGCAUAUUCAAUAGCAAUACAGUAUCGUAGUAUUUAGCUUUUGUAAAAUCAUGUUUAUAUAUAUAUAUAUAUAUAUAUAUCACACGCAGGCACA